AUGGGCAAAUUUUUCAUUGUUGGCAUUUUAGUUGUAUUCAGUGCUUUGUGUGUGUGUAAUGCCCAAUAUCGAGGAGGUGGUGGUGGAGGUCUAUAUGGCGGUGGGGGUGGUGGAGGUGGUUCUCUAGGAGGCGGAGGUGGCGGUGGAGGUCCUAUAGGCGGUGGUGGCGGCGGACCCUUUGGAGGAGGUGGUGGUGGCGGAGGAUCCUAUGGAGGAGGUGGUGGCGGCGGCCCUUUUGGUGGUGGAGGUGGUGGUAACUAUGGAGGCGGUGGUGGAGGACGCUAUGGAGUCGGUGGUGGCAGAGGAUAUAAUGGCGGCAGAAAAAGAGUCAGCCCUCGGCUCUAG